UCGGUGCAGUUUUCUACAUCGCCUCAAACCAUUCACAAGUCGUGGUCGGUCCUUUAGCCUUGGAUCUGGAACUUUCACAAAGAUGGAUCCACGCGAGAUGAAUCUGUGGGAGGAAGAACCAAAGCACCAUAGUCCCGUAGCCGAGUAUUACCGUGGAAAAGUGGUUCUGCUGACCGGUGCCACGGGAUUUCUCGGUAAACUCUACAUGUGCAAAUUGGUGCGAUGUGGGGUGAAGGAGUUGAUCGUGAUCGUGCGGAGCAAGAAAGGGGUGUCGCCGAAAGAGCGAAUGGAGAAGAUCUUGGAGAAGGAGAGAAUAUUCAAGGUUCAUGGUUUCGGGAAGGAGCAGUACUUGAGGACGAUUACUGUGAUCAACGGGGAUAUGGAUAUUCCUGGGCUCGGACUGAAUGCCGAAGACUUGGAGUACGUGAGGGACAGAACGGAAAUUGUAUUACAUGCGGCAGCUGAUGUGAGAUUCGACGAAUCGUUAAAUAAAAUAAUCGUUACCAAUGUUCAAGGAACGUUGGGAAUGUUAAACUUGUGUGUCAAUUUGAAGAAAAUGGAACUUAUGAUCUACGUAUCCACGGCGUAUGCAAAUUGUGUCACUAAUGUUGUGCAUGAAAAAUUCUACGAUCCUCCGGUGGAUCCACUGAAGAUGAUGGAGCUGAUGAAGACUGUGGACGAUGAACAAAGUGAAAUUUUGACUGAUAUGAUAAUCCGGCCGUGGCCAAACACUUACACCUACGCAAAGAAUUUGGCAGAACAUUUGGUGAAAAUGUACUUCGAUAGAAUGAACAUCGUCAUUAUUAGACCAACUGUUGUUGCUACCACAAUGGAUGACCCAGUCCAAGGUUGGACAGACAAUCUGUACGGUUUGAAUGGAGUUAUUGUCGGCGCUGGAUGUGGAAUUUUACGAGUCCUGACCGCUAAAGAUGAUUGUAAAGUAGACAUCAUUCCUGCGGAUUAUGUAGUAAAUAGUACAUUGGUUGCGGCAUAUCGAGCCGCAGAGGACUACCGAAAAAACGCCCCUUCUACAGAUCCGGACAAGGUUCAUAUCUAUCACGUGGGCAGUGGAGUUGAUAACCCUCUAACCAACUCAAUGGUUUCAAAAUACACAAAGACUAUCGGUGCAGAUAAUCCGCCGUUAAGAUCACUUUGGAUUGGAUCCUACAUAAGCACCAAAUCUUCGGUGCUGAGUCUGUUCCUGACCAUAUUUCUGCAUUUCAUCCCCGGAGUUAUCAUCGAUGCUCUACUCCGGUUUAAAGGCAAGAGGCCUAUCCUCAUGAAAAUCUACAGAAAGGUGAGAAAAUUCACAAAUCUGAUUGAAUUCUUCGCGAAAAAGGAGUUUACGUUCGUGAAUGAUAAAAUGCGCAAAAUUAUGGACACGAUGACUCCGGGAGAUAGGGAGUUGUUCCAGUGCGACAUAAAAGCCUUGCCGUGGGACGAUUACUUCAACAUCUACUAUCCGGGACUGAAGAUGUACGUACUGAAGGAGGGAACGGAAACGUGGGCUGACGCCAAAAUACGAUACGAUCGGCUGGAUUUGGUGACAAUCUUUGUUCUGAGAGCAUCGGUGUUGCUAGGAGUUUACUGGACUAUUUGUAUUGUUUUGAAAGUAUGGGUAUUGAUAUCUCAGUACAUAACUGAGGACGCAAAAUGAUGUUUGCAAUUAAAAUGUGAAUAGAUAACUUAAGAAUAGUUAUAACGUGGCAAAAGGCGCGCCAAUGAAGAUAAAUAAUAAUAAUAAUACCUGAAGAAGUUGGAA